AUGUCCGUUGCUGAUCAAAUCCCGGGGGAAACUGAAUUCCAAAUGGACCGAUUUGGGCCCGCCCUUCAGCACCUGCCAACAAUAUCGGCAAAAGGGUUUGAGGUUCCUUAUCCGUUGGAUGAUCCGCACAUGAGCGAACAGUUGGAUUUUUUCAAAUCUGCUACGCUGAUUGAAGAUUCACAAGAAUUAAAGGCGCAUAUUCUUGCCAUUCGAGAUGAGUGCUGCAAAGCUUUCCCGUUUCCAUGUAUCUUGUGCUUUUAUUUCCUCCAGGGUAUGAUCGUGCGGCACCCUUAUUAUCCGAUGGUUCGGGAAGUAAUUCAACAAGCAUCGGAUACCCAAAACAUUUUACUCGAUAUCGGCGCUGGUAUGGGAACUGACUUGAGGCAGAUCAUAUCUCAUGGAUGGAAUCGCGAUGAUGUCCUUGGCGUGGAUAUAACUAGUGAUUGGGACACUUUGGGAUACAAACUCUUCAGGGAUUCCGAGCGCCCGAUCCCGAAUUUCUUCGGGGACAUUCUGAGCCCAGAAGUCUUGAACGAUUCUGCCCCUGUGGAAGUCUCGCCCGGGAGGAUCGAUCUUCGUUCAUUGAAAAGUCUGAAUCCUUUGAAAGGGCGAUCCAAGUUUUUGAUUCUGAAUCAAGUAUUCCACUUGUUUGACGAGGCGCAUCAGAACACUCUGGCCGAGCGCUGUGCCAUGCUACUAUCCGAUGAGCCGGGGAGCGCGAUCUUUGGCAUGCAAAUGGGUGGUUACACGAAGGGCUUUGAAUCGAAGGUCUUUGUCCAUUCCCCGGAGUCGUGGAGGAGGAUGUGGGAUUCGAUCUUUGGCCCCAACAAGGUCAAGGUCACUGCGGAGCUGGUUGAUCUGCCUACGACCCAAAGAAAUACCCUUAGAUCACUUUUUCCAACUAGCCGGGAUAUUGUUCGAUUGUAUUGGUCUGUCACCAGACUUUGA